UCAAUGUUUACAUUAUGUGAACACAGAGCCGUUACUCCACAACAAACGUCACAGAGAACAGUUUCCAGACUUGUCUCCGCUGUCUUUUACAGUUUUUACUACCAUUUGCUACCGCAGCAAUUGUUUUCGUCUUCGAUAUCGCUGGAUAUUCAGACGCAAUAUAACGAUAUGUACGAAACGAAUAAAAAGAUAUUUUCAAUUCCACUUGAUACUUUUCUCAACUUGAGCGACGAUUUUACAACCCAUUUAAUUUCUGUGUGACGCAGUUCUGCAAUUCUUUGCAUAUCAAUAAUUAGUGGUAACAGCACACUACGUCAAGAUACGUAAGUUUCGAUAUGUCUGCGGACUACGGCGACAGAUAUGUAUUUGAGGCUGAAUGGUAUGACACAGUUGCCUGUAUGCUGAAGAAAUUUUAUCUGUAUUACUAUCCAUCUGAUAAUACUGUUGAAUUGUUUGACUUAAAAACAAGGAAGACUUUCUUAAGAAGAACAACAUGUGAAGGUAUUAAAGCUAAAGACUUUUAUGUUGGCACUGUAAUAACAAUAUUUUCAAGAUGCAUCAAAAUUACGGGUUAUGCAGAUGCCUGUACCAAAACUAAAUUAGAAACGCAACUACAAAAGCUUUUCGUACUUUUGAAACCAGAUGUCACCGACAAAAUGGGUGAAAUAUUAAAAGCCAUUAUAAAUUAUGAUUUUCACAUCACAAAUAUAAAAAUGAUAAGAUUAACUCCAAACGAUAUUACAGAAUGUUGCCUUGUAAAAGACGUAAUUGAUAAGACGUCUGUUAUAAAUUAUCUUACUUCUGGCCCUGUCGUUGCUUUAGAAUUAUUAGGACAAAAUGGCAUAAUGAGAUGGCAAGAAUUGGCAGGCCCAGAGGAUAGCGAGCAUGCUCGUUCAACAGCAGCGUCUUCAUUAAGAGCUUGCUAUGGAAAAGACGAGAUUCAUAAUGCCGUGUAUGGAUCCAAAGAUACCGAAACAGCAAUGCAGGAAUUGCAAUAUUUCUUUCCGGACUCAAAAAGCAAAAAUAAAGGUCCAAAAAACACUGCAACUCUAGAAAAGUGUACUUGUUGCAUUAUCAAGCCACAUGCCAUACAGGAAAGGCUUCUUGGUGCUAUUAUCGAUGACAUACAGAAAGCAGGCUACACAAUCACCGCAGCACAACAAUUUUAUGUUAAUCCAAUUAAUUCCGAAGAAUUUUUGGAAAUAUAUAAAGGUGUCCUUCCUGAAUAUACUGCGAUGGCAACAGAACUACAAUCCGGUCCAUGCAUUGUUAUGGAAGUGAGUCACAAAGACAAGAGCCUUAACAUUGUUGCUGAUUUCAGAAACUUAUGCGGUCCAAUGGAUUCGGACAUUGCGCGGCAAAUCAGACCGAAUACGCUUAGGGCCAAGUAUGGGAAAACAAAAGUACAAAACGCUGUGCAUUGUUCUGACUUACCGGAAGACGGCAUGUUAGAGGUGGAAUAUUUCUUUAAGCUACUUGACGGAUUUUGAGCUAACAAAUAUACAUAACACGCAUAGCUAGAUUCAACAAUUCUUAAAUUUAAAUACGAAAACUUUGUAUACGUUGAGAAAAUAAAUAUUUUUUAUCUUAUUA